AAAUGAUUAACUGUUCAACGGUUAAUUUAUAGCCACUAUUUUCCUUGAACACUGGACUCAGAAAAAUUAAGCCAUGGGAAAUGUCACAUGUCUUAUAAUACUUGCAGGACUGAGUUAUCUCUGUCUCUGUGUGCAUCAGCAUCAAUAUGUCUUAUUCCACACUCCAAAAACCUGGACCGAUGCACAGAGUUACUGCAGGGAAACAUGCAUUGAUCUGGCCACAAUCGAAGACAUGAAGGAGAUGGAAAUGGCUCUUCAAAGUUUUGGAAGUGACUACAGUGAUGCCGUCUGGAUUGGGUUGCAUAGAGGAAAGGAGCUAAAGUGGCAUUGGUCUCUGGCAGACAAAUACUUCUACGAGGAUGGAGAAAGAAAUUAUAUAAAGUGGAGAAUGCCUUUAAGUGCUGAUAACUGUGCUACUUUCAGUAAUGGAAACCUUUCUACACUCUCCUGUCUUGAAAAUAGACAUUCAGUCUGCUACGAUAGAACAAAACAAGGAGCAGCUCAGUACAUCUUUAAUCCAAAUUUAAUGAAAUGGACCGCCGCUCGAGAUUUCUGCAGAAAAAACUACACAGACCUGGUCAGCUUGAGGAAUGAUGCAGAAUACAAGACAGUCCAGGAAGUAGCCAAUGGAACAGCAGUAUUUGUUGGUCUCUUCAGAGACCCGUACGACUGGUCAGACCUGACUGACUCCUCACUACGGUACUGGAGGGAAUCCCAAUUGGUAAAUACAGAAUUUCAUCAAAAUUGUGUUGCAAUGCUGAAGACUGAAGCUGGAAAAUGGGGAGACAGAAACUGCACAGAAGUUCAUCCUUUCCUCUGCAAAUGCAUACAAACCAAACUGCAGUUCAUAAAACUGAGGCUCAGCCUGCAGGACUCAAAUUUGGAUCUGAAUGACCCUGCAGUGCGAAACAGCAUCUUGGAGCAAAUGAAGCAAAGGCUGGUUGGAAAUGUAAGUGGUGUCAACAAUCUUAAGUGGAAAAAUCACUCAGAUGAAAGAGUUUUCAUCAAGGAGACAGAGGAACACAACCCAUGAGAGGAAUACAGGAUGACUGCUAAGAUUCUGAACUGGAGAUGUAAAAGUCCACCAACCAGGGUGGUAACAAAAAAAAAACUUUUAGCUGUUGCUGAUUAAGCUUUUUUCAAUAGGAAUGCUCCAUUUAGUCGCUAAUAUGAUGAUUAUCUUCAAUAACUCUGUGAGCUAUUAGGCCUUUUAAUUUUUGCAUGCCUCUGAUUUCAUCCUGCUUUCAUCCUGAGAAUUUCAUCUUUCAUUUGAUUUAGAGCCUCCUGUGUAGAAGAGAUACACAUUAACAUGUGCACCAUUAACACUAAGAUUACUUUCAGUCAACUUCAUAAUGGACUGGUCCAUAAAAAAAGCACAAUUGCAACAGGAUUAAGCCCUAACAUGGUAAAUAUGAAAUAGAUUAGCAAUAAUGUAUAUUCAGUAAGCUUUAACAACCAAAAAUGUAAGUCCUUUAUGUACAUUAGUUUUACUUCAAACCAAUAGUACUCAGAGGGAACUGAAGAGCAUGUAAAGAACCUCUAGAGAAAAUGAAUAAAGACCAAAUGCUGGCAUCUCUGAAGUUUGUUGGAUCUGGACCAACACUAGACAUUAUUGGACUUCCUUCAGGUUAACCAACCGUUAACUAUUGCAACUGCAGUGUUUCAAACUGUCAGCAGCCAUAUUGGAUUUUGAGGAAGGAGUUGAUGAGAUGACCUUUGAGUUUAAUUUUCUUGCUAGGAAGUUUUAGUUGGAUGUUUUGCUACAAACAUGCAUGGAUUUUUAUUCUUCUGCUGUUUUUGUGUGGGAAUAAGUCCAGUUCCAGUUUUGGUAUUGUUUCAAAACACCUUCACAUUGUCUUAGAAAACUUUAGAAUUUAUAUUAAUUCCAGUAUAAAGAUGUGUUAUUUGUAAUAAUUUAAGAAGUACUGCAUCAUUGUAAGGUAUGACACAGUUAGUAGGUUUGGAU